AUCCUAUAACAGGGUUUUCCGUUUCCUUCGUCGUGGCUAUAAAAGGACUCCAGUUCUCGUAGGACAUAAGCAAACGACAGCUAACCAUUCUAAGUGGAAAAGAAAGUAAAGCGAACAAGUUUUUCAGUGAUAUUUGGAGCAACUCUACGAAAGAAAAAGUAUGAUGGUGAAACGAAUCCUUAUAUUGUUAUUGUGUGGUUUUCUCGGGUCAACGUGUGCGUUCUGGCAGUCAACGAUUAACACUGGGCUAGAAGGAAUGAGAAGAGCCGAAUGUCAGUCUAUUGCAAGGUCACAGCUCAAAAACCAGUUCAAAAGUUACUGCAAAGUUGGUAGAAUCACCGUCAUUGGGCUGGACGUUGGGCGCGGGCUCUUUCGUCUGCCAAAUAAUCAAUUAUCGUUCAACGGAAACGUCCUGAGGACGAGYGACGUCACGUUCAUGACGGAACAAGAUGGCUAUGGAAGCAUCGUAGCCAAGUUCAACGGUGCGGUACUUAAGUGCAGCGGUCACGGGGCAAUGAAGCAAAAGACAUGCGUCAUACCACGAGCAAACAGACCUUGGUCUGGACAAAUCACUGUCACAGUCUUUGGUACAGGAGGAUAUAAUCCUUCUACGAGCUACUAUAUGAGAGGAACACCAGUUUGUUUAAACUCUGGAUACGACGGAGAUAACUGUGAUACUGAUAUCAACGAGUGUGAGAAGUACAAAGACAAACGGCUGUGCCAGUGGCAGAACGGCUGUGUUAACACACUCGGUAGUUACAGGUGUACCUGCCCAGCAGGAUUCAAAGUAUCGGUUAAAGACUUCAGGCUUUGUGAUCCAGAUCCACCACAAAUCUACAGCAAGCCUGUUACCCUGACAGCCAUGUUUGGCGCCACGACUGUAUUACCUUGCCAGCAUAAAGCACAACCCUUAGCUAUAGUCAAAUGGCAACUAGGAAGCCGAGUGAUAGCCAUUAAGCAAGCAAACGGUGCAACCCAAACCAUUAAUGACGCAAAGCUGACAGUACGUCAGGACGGUGGUCUGGUUAUCAAGUCAGUAGCAUAUGGUGACGCAGGGGACUUUUUUUGUGUUGUACUUAAUAUUCGAUUCUUGGCCAGCGUCAAGCACACACUCAAAGUUGAAUCUGUUCCACUGAUGGAUGUUCAACACCUUAUCAGCGGUAACUACACAAAGCAGCAUGCGUAUCAUGUAGGAGACAACGUGACUAUUGAUUGCCAAGUGAUUGCUAUGCCGGUACCUGUGAUCUCAUGGACUAAAAACUCCCAAGCUCUUCAAACGACACAACGCUUAAAGGUUACACAAACGAAAAUUGAGGAUGCACCACUUCAGAUAGCAGGUGCUCUUCAAUCUAGACUUGAAAUAAUUGGAGUUCAAACAUCUGAUGCAGGAACGUAUACAUGCAACGCAACGAAUACACAUGGCGUUACUAGUAAAGCAAUCUCGGUAUCGAUUACGCAAUGAUAUCGCAAUUGACGUUUCUGUAACGCAAAGAAAUGUUUACGAGGUAACGCUGUCUCGUAUAAGUGACGCAAUGGUUGUAGAACAAACACACGCAAAAAAAAACCAGAACAUUAAACUAAUGAUGUAAUUAGAAACGAAACAGUUGCAGUUGCUUUUAUAUGAAACAUGUAAUUGAUGUGCUCGAAGUGUGUAAUUGAUUGGUUUAAAUUUUUUGCAUAAUCAUCUGUUGAUUUUACAGUCAACGGUUGAAAUUUGAAUACUAUACCGUGCACAUCAGAGGGUCUUGCUAAAUUGCUUAUUUUUAGGAAUGUUAUUCACAGACAAAUAAACUGUUCCAUAAACAAUGCAUAAA